AUGCGGCGCGGUGUCUUGAUCUUUCUCAUUGUCAACCUGCUCAUCAUAUCAUUUCUUGUGCGCAGUGUCUUCACCCUACUAUCCUUGCUGGUAGAAGAUGCCUCGGCCGAUGCAAUUCGUCACGCGGAGCUUCCCUCGCCAAAUUCGAGCUUAAUUGAACAACGGCCGCAGAUUAUACCCAAGAUCAUUCACCAGACAUACAAGAACGAGACAAUCCCAGAAGUAUGGCGGGAGGCUCAACAAAGCUGCAAAGAUCUGCACCCUGACUAUGAAUACAUCCUAUGGACCAACGAAAAGUCCCGCGAAUUUAUCAAGGAUGAAUAUCCGUGGUUCCUCGACACAUUUGACGGCUACAAGUACCCGAUCCAACGGGCAGAUACUAUCCGAUACUUUGUUCUUGCUCACUUUGGCGGUACAUAUAUCGACCUUGAUGAUGGUUGCAACCGGCGAUUGGAUCCCCUCCUCUCCUACCCUGCUUGGGUGCGCCGUACCGUUCCAACGGGUAUUUCGAACGAUGCCAUGGGAUCCGUUCCCCAACACCCGUUUUUCCUUCGAGUCAUUGAAUUGCUGAAAUCUUACGACCGCAGCUGGCUGCUUCCUUAUAUUACCGUCAUGUACUCGACUGGUCCUCUCUUCCUGUCAGUGAUUUGGAAGGAGUACAUGCAAGAUAAACCGAGUGAGGCUGCACGAGUUCGGAUUCUCAUGCAGGAUGAAUACAACAAGUACUCGUGGAGCUUCUUCACUCACCAUGUCGGCAACAGCUGGCACGGUAAAGACGCCAGGUUGAUUUUCUGGAUGGGUCAACAUUGGAUGUUCCUCACUGUUCUGGGUUUCAUCCUGGCCUCUGUCGUGGGAUUCUGCCUCUGGUGGGUCUAUGGGCGCAUGAUUCUCCUGAGCUCGAAAUACCGCUACCGAUACUCGAAACUACCGGGCCUGAGUCGCUUAUCUUCCCCCACGCGUCGAUCUCGAGGCAUGAUGCCUACGCUACUUCGCCGUGUUAGCUUUAAAGAAGACGAAGAAUCUGCCCAUGUUACGGAGACCUCGUUCGAACUUUACAGCCGUCGCGAUUAA